AUGUCAGAGGUUGCAAGCCAUGUUUGUGACAGAAGCAACCUAAUGUUUGCGGAAGAGAAACUUACUUUGUACUCCUCUGCAGCCGCCUCCCAAGACUCGAUCAGCGCAGAGUCAUCCCAUAUCUCAGCAUGCGUCAAGGGCCUGUCCUUCUUGCUCCUCUUUCGCUUGCCCAUGGUCCACGCACUGAUGUUCUCGUGUGAAGUCCAGGGCGGCGGAGAGCAGCAGAUGGAGCUCCCUGCUGCUUCAAGCUCCAGCGCAGUCGAAACUGAUCCGCCGUCAAAAAAAUCCAAACGAGCAUCUGCAAAACCUACAAAACCUACAAAACCUUUAAAGGUCCCGGUCGAGGCCCAGCCAAAGACCGCUCCCAAGGAUAAAAAGCCCAAGGGCGUCACUAAUGGCGAGACCCCGAAACCACUCAAACUAGACAGUGCGCCGGCUCGCGAGAUCAAACCACGGAAGCGCGCAGCCGAUUUCCUCAGUGACGACGAGGAUAGUACUCCGAAAGAUAGAGAAUCUGUGGCAAAAGGUUCAAAGCAAGCCACAACUGAACCCGUGAAACCCGCCAAAAAGAAAGCGAAAGAGGAUGUUACCCCCAACUCUGAAAACGACUCUUCGAAACACUCAGAGGUCAAGGAAACCAAGGAACCGGCCAAAAAACCAAAAAAGCAAACUGAAGCUCCUGUAGAAGAGGAAGACGAAAGUGAAGAUGAGCAGAUUCUCGACUUGAUCAAGGGCUUCGAGAGCAGUGGAGACGAAGAUGCUUCCGAGGACGAAGGAUUUGAGCCUGGACAGAACGUUCCGCAGAUUCCAGACUCUAAACAGGUCAAGAGGAAAAUGAAGAAAGCGAAGAAGAACCACACCGAUGAACCAGAGGAGCCUGGCACAGUUUAUGUUGGGCGAAUUCCGCAUGGUUUCUACGAGCACGAAAUGCGAGCGUAUUUCUCCCAGUUCGGUGAAAUAAAAUAUUUGAGACUAGCCCGCAACCGGACGACGGGUCGCUCGCGGCACCAUGGGUUUAUUCAAUUCGCAUCGGAAUCGGUUGCUAAAAUCGUCGCUGAUACGAUGAACAAUUACCUCAUGUUUGGUCAUAUCCUUAAAUGCAGGGUUAUGGAGAACCCUCAUCCGCAAAUUUGGAAAGGGGCGAACAGGCGAUUUAAGAAGGUACCGUGGAACCAGAUCGAGAAGAAGCAACUUGAGGCCCCUAGGACAAGGGCUCAGUGGUCGAAAAAGAUAGGAAAGGAAGAAUCCAAGAGGCUUGCGAAAGUGGAAAAGCUGAAGGCUAUUGGAUAUGAGCUGGACUUGCCUACGCUGACGAGUGUGGAUGAUAUCCCCGUUCAGAAAACUUUGGCAGAGGCUGAGCAGAACGCCAUUGAUAACGAUACCACUGAAGCUCCCAAGGCCAUUGAAGCUCCUGCAAAGGGCAUGGAGAAACCUUCUAAGCAGAAGGGACCUAAGGAUCUAAGCACCAAAUCGACAAAGGGCAAGAGGUCUGCCAAUACAGACGAUGCACUUAAGCCUGAAAAGACCAAGGAAUCUACAUCUACCUCUACAAAGACUAAAAUGAUCGAUAGCAAGGAUAGUCAGGCUGAAGCCAAAGGAAAUAAAAAGGACAAGAAACCCAAAACGAAAACUAGUGUCGCCGUGGCGGAGGAUAUAGAAAAGCUUCCUCAGGCAGCAGGGCCCAAGGUAAAGGGCUCCACGGCCACAGAGCGCAAGUCCAAAGAUCCAAAGGUCAAGGAAGCCAAGGGCAAACCGGAGAAAGUCGAGUCAGGAGAGAAACCGAAGAAGAAAAAGAAAAGCAAGGCAUGA